AUGUACCGUAUCCUGGUUUGGGUGCCGGUGUUUGGCCUGGACUUGAAUGGGGCCAGGGCGGCAACCUGGCAUGAGAUGUGCUUUGGCCAGCCCAACCAUGCCAUGGUGAGGAAAGCUGGCCGAUUCUGCAUGGGAAGGCAGCUGCUAGCAACCUUGGGAGCAUGCUCGUCUUGUGCCUGGUGCUCCUGUGCACCUUUUUUUGUGGGAGUCUUCGUCUGGACUGUCCUCCAGCAUUUCCUCACCGUAGAUGUCCUCUCUACCUUGCAACAUCCCUCCAAGUUCAGAUUUCUGCAUUGCCUGUUCCUGUAUGCUUUAACUUUGGGGAAUAUAUUUGAGAGGCUGGGAAUCUGCUCCAGGCCCAGAUUUACCCAGUUAUUGCACGGUUUUGUGAGAAGAAAAAAGGAUGCUAGACUUGUAGUGACUGACCUGUAUUUUGGGACCAUACCUGUGAGGCUAUUCCAAUCCAAGGCAGAGUCCUCCAGCCCCUGGUGAGGCAUCAUCUUCUUCCACGGAGGAGGCGGGUUCAUGGGGAAUUUGGACUUGUACCACAACCUGUGCAAUUUUCUGGCCCUGGAGACUGAUUCUGUGCUGCUGUCGAUUGGGUACCGCAAGCUUCCUGAUCACCAUUACCCCAGCAUUUUCUGAGAUUGCCUGAAUGCCUCCAUUCACUUCCUGAAGGCCCUGGAAACCUACAGGGUGGACCCCUCCCGGGUUGUGAUCUGUGGAGACAGCACUGGGGGAGCGUAUGUGGUCUGUGUCACCCAGGCCCUGGCGGGCAGAUCAGAUAUUCCCCAGAUCCGGGCCCAGGUCCUGAUUUAUCCACUUGUUCAGAUCAUCAGUUUGCAGCUGCCAUCUUACUGGCAGAGCAGAAAUGUCCUCCUGCCCCAGAAGUUCAUGAUGACAUGUAUGUUUAAAUAUAUGGUUAUCGACUUUCACUGGUGGGAAGCCAUCUUGGAUGGUGCCUUCAUGCCCCCAGACUUCUGGAGGAAGUACAAGCAGUGGCUCAGCUCUGACAACAUACCCAGGAGAUUCAGGAAGAUGCGCCACCAACCUGUGUUUCCCAGCCCUUUUAGGGCUGCCUAUCUGGAAAACAAACAUCUUUUGGAUGUAGAAAAUGCCCCUCUGAUAAGAGAUGAUGAGACCAUUGCUCAGCUUCCCAAGGCCUUCCUGGUGAGCUGUGAGCAUGGCAUCCUCCGUGAUGACACCUUGCUCUAUAUGAAGCGCUUGGAGGACCAGAGGGUCCCCGUGAUGUGGUAUCAUGUAGAGGAUGGCUUUCAUGGGUCCCUACUGCUUUUUGACAAGGAACUUUUCUUGUUCCUGUGCUCCCUGAAAAUUGUGAAUGCUAUAGCCAAUUAUAUAUAG